UUUGCUUCCAUGGAUGCCACACUCGCGUCGGCCAACGCAAACGGAACCUCUGGUCCCAUUUCCAUCAGCCACUUGAUGGGCACGGCCUAUGACACCCACAUCACUGACUCGCUAAUGCCUGGAGUAGGCUCAACCACAAUCCCAUCCGUGGAUGCUGCCAUUUCGAGACCCUUGUACCUCCAAACCACCGGUCCUCUCAUGGCUUCCCCGACAGGCUUAUUGAGUCAAACUCCAUCCGACAGUUUGGCAACCAUGCAUGUUGGACACGAUGAUGCGAAAAACGGAAGUUUGACUUGUCAGUCGAACACCGUCACGUCCUGUGUGUCCACAAUGACAAGUAACGGAGUGGCGUCUGCGGCGAAUCUGCUCAGUGUUGGACCGAAACGACUACAUGUAUCCAACAUCCCGUUCCGAUUUCGCGAAGCUGACCUCAGACAGUUGCUUGGACCGUUUGGAACUAUCCUGGACGUGGAAAUCAUAUUCAACGAGCGCGGAUCAAAGGGAUUCGGUUUCGUCACGUUUGCGACCAGCGAAGAGGCGGACAGAGCACGCGAGAAUCUGAAUGGAACUGUGGUUGAGGGCAGAAAGAUUGAGAUCAACAAUGCCACAGCGAGAGUCAUGACAAAGAAGAAAUCGGAGACAUCACCAUUGCUUAAAACAUCAACCACAGUUCGUGGAGUCAGACCUCUUGUCCCUAGCACCACAGCUGCUUUGGCGGCAGCCAUCCGGAACGCAGCUGGCCUGAACACUGGCCUCCCCAUCGCAUCUGUCUCCUCGACUGGGGGUCUUACGUUAAGUGUUCCGGGGAUUGGAAGCCUCCUUCAAGGACCGACUCAGGCAUCCCUGGCAGCAGCUGCUGCCGCAAAUCCAAUAUUAGCCAAUUUUGGCUCCAUUUCCAGUGGGUCUUCGGCUGCCACACAUCCUGCUCUGCUAGUAGCUGCGCUGGCCUCCGCAGCCCCUGGUGGUGCAACCUACAAUCCCGGUGCCAAUGCCGCCCUCUACUUGACUGGUGGAGACGCCAAUGCAGCAGCCUGGCUCACAGCUCUUAUCAACAGUGGUUGUCUGAAUAACGCUGCUGCUAAUGCAGGAUGCAUGCCAACUGGCCAACCGGGGGUCACUGCGAUCCCUGGUUUUGGGACCACUAACCAGCAAGUGGGGUUAGCCAACUCAUUGGCUGCAAUGGGUGUGCUGCCGCAUCCAUCACAAAUGCUGACCGCUGGAGCGAACCAUGCGCUAAUCGGAAAUCCCUUGUGGCUAGACGCCAGUACUGCCGGGUUCGGAGUCGGUACUGAUCUCGACUUGCAACAAAGGCUACAGCAGCAGCAACAGCAGCAACAACAACAGCAGCAACAGCAACUCCAGGCCAGUCAACAAGCCUUAGCCGCUAUGGGCUACUCGGCCGCUGCGAUCAACGGCGCGACGCAACUUGCAACCCCCACGAACGGGAUCAACGCAAUAGGCAUGGGCGGUGGUUUACCACAGUACGCAGCAGCAGCCGUUGCAGCCAACUUUUUACGCGCAAUAUCUGGUGCUGGUAACCCCUUGGUCGCAUCCACAACACCCAAUACUCAUCGAAGUGCUAGCAAUAACGGGACCUCUAAUGGUCAAUCCAUAACUUCUACGACAGCGUCUGCCACGACAACAAAUGCGGUCACUUCAUGCUCAGUCUCGUCAUGCCAAUCGACCAACACGCUAGCACCGACGAUGGUACAACAUGCGCCUGCCACAUCCACGCAGCAACCCAUCGCAGCGGCAGCUAUGGCCGCCGCCGCCGCAGCAGCUGUGGCAUCGCAAAAUUUCUCAGGCCAAAAUGCUAUCGCAGCCGCACAAAACACCUACCUGCCAGAUUUGAACGCCGCCGCAGCAGCCGCUGUAGCCGCCACAUCCAUGGAGUCCUAUCUCAACCGAUUGACAGCAAACUAUGCCCUAAACAACUCGGUGGUCACGACGCCCGGAAUUUACCGGACCAACUCAACGUACCAGAGGUUUUCUCCAUAUUAAUCGGUAGUGCUCUGCUUUGUGAUGCGCCUCUUUAUCGGAUGAUGCAAGAGUCCUUCAGCAGUUCAGGUGCCGAAUGCGAUUGCAGACACUAACUGUGUGCCUUUAUUCGAACGCAUCUUGUCAGGCCUUUCCAGUGCGCUUCGUGACUGCCGCGUUUCUUGCACUACCAAACCCGAUUCAAGUAUGAUGUUCGAUUUCUUCUUUGGUUUCUAUUUAAUAUCAAAAAAUGAAUGUCUCAGCAACGAAGGAAUGCGAGAGUGCACGUACUUCCACAGUGCAUCUUCAUUUCCCCAGCUCAUAGUGCAUGCGGUCUCCAACUGUGUUCUUCCAUAUUUGUGAAUAUUCUCACCGGUGCACGAUGUUCAACGCGACUAAAGCUGUCACAACUCAACCCCAUCCAAAGAAAGCGUCUUCUACAACACGCAAGCUUAACCAUACCGAUGUUGCGUUGCAACAAGCGGUGGGCAUACGUUUGCAUCUUUGGUAGGUUGGGCACUUAAUUCCCGCAUUCUUUCAAAUGUUGGCAAUAUAGCAAUACUCAUUGGUUUUACUGAUUUCGUCUGCGAAUAUUUCUUCGUCGCUUGCAUGAUGGCGCGUGGCCUUGUUUCGCUUUUUUGUGUACACAGCUUAGGUUGUUGCGGCAUGCGCACUAGUGGUUUGAAUCCGUGACAAUGUGACUUGCGCCCUCGCUACACAAUUGUAUUUCCCCCAUUUACCAUGCGGAUUGUUCCUCAUUCUGGAGGAAAAUUGUGCAUUUAUCGUCCUACUAACAUAGUCUGGCCUCAGGUCAAAUGAAUUGUGUAUACGGCUGAAAUAGCGCUUAACUGUACUGUGAAAAUAAUUUAUUUAUCGACAUUCUUAUUUAUUAACUUAUUACCAUCUGUUUGCUUCUUUUCGCCUAUGCUUGAUCUUAACAACGCGCGGUACUUUAACCUGCUUUUAAUUUUGCUGUAAUAUAUGCAUUGAUUUGCUG